AUGGACACUAUGAAAACCACCUAUAUCGUGCUGGAACUGAUCAUCGCUGUGCUGUCCAUCGCUGGCAACGUGCUGGUCUGCUGGGCCGUGGCCAUCAACAGCACCUUGAAGAACGCAACCAACUAUUUCCUGGUGUCCCUGGCAGUGGCUGAUAUCGCCGUGGGUUUGUUAGCCAUCCCUUUCGCCAUCACCAUCAGCAUCGGAUUCCAGGUGGAUUUUCACAGCUGCCUCUUCUUUGCCUGCUUCGUGCUGGUGCUGACCCAAAGCUCCAUUUUCAGCUUGCUGGCGGUGGCCAUCGACAGGUACCUGGCUAUUAAGAUCCCGCUCAGGUACAACAGUCUGGUGACUGGCAAGCGGGCAAGAGGACUGAUCGCCGUGCUGUGGCUCCUGUCCUUUGGAAUUGGACUGACUCCGCUUAUGGGCUGGAAUAAAGCCAUGAGCGGUUGUCCCAAUGCCACCAACGAGACAGGGACUGACACCGGGACAGAGCACCAUGGCUGCUUCAUCUCAUGCCUCUUUGAGAACGUGGUAACAAUGAGCUACAUGGUGUAUUUCAACUUCUUUGGCUGCGUGCUGCUUCCCCUCGUUAUCAUGCUGGGAAUCUACAUUAAGAUAUUCAUGGUCGCCUGCAAACAGCUGCAUCAGAUCGAACUGAUGGGCAACUGCAGGACCACGCUGCAGAAGGAGGUCCACGCAGCCAAGUCUCUGGCCAUCAUUGUAGGACUUUUUGCCUUCUGUUGGCUGCCCCUGCAUAUCUUGAACUGCAUCAGUCACUUCCACGAGGAGUUCUCCAAAUCCAAGCCUGAGUGGGUGAUGUAUGUGGCCAUCAUCCUCUCCCACGCCAACUCUGUCAUCAAUCCCAUCAUCUAUGCCUACAGGAUCAGGGACUUCCGCUACACCUUCCGCAAGAUCAUUUCCAAGAUCCUCUGUAAGACGGACGACUUCCCCAAGUGCAACACUGACAACAACCAGCACCACUUUACCCCCCCGUUAGCCUCUGUGACCGUAUGA